CAGCUAGCUGCACCCGCUAAAUUUUACUCUUUUAGCUAGCUGCAGUCAAUGGAGAAGCGGGCGCUUCUUCAGCAAGUGCAGCUAGCUUAUUUCUUAUGAAAUUUCAUGCUUGGGCUAUUCCAUUAGAGCAAAGAACGUUGCUCAAAUUUUUAUGUUCUAAGAUGAAGUUACUUCUAGAGGAAAAACUCUUUUUCUGGAUAUUCAGGUGGCGCAAACUCAAACCAGGCAUCUUCUUCAAGUUCAAAUGGAGGGAGCAGCGAGGUGGUCAUCACUUCAAGACUCACUUCAAGUGGUAUCAUCACCAAAGAGACAACCAGUACUAAAUCAACUGGAAGAAGCGGUACGUCACCGGAACCUCAUAUAGGACUCAGUACUACUACUGCGUCUGCUGGAAAACAGACUGCUAAUCAAACCGAGACAACUGCGAAGCAGGACACGGUGGUUAUUACAACGGCAAAUGCUGGUAUGUGUAUAUCUUGAGAUGAUGCGGCGCUGAUCUUCUAUCUGAAAGCGCGAUGCUGUCUAACUCACCAACAUAACUUGAUCCUAUGUCACCAAUAAGCAUCGGUAAAAAACGGUUCACGCACCAGCUGUGUCCUCUUUGAGAGCGGAAUACACUAGCUACAAGGUGGCACAUCCAUGAUAGGGGUCAGACAUUAAUUUUGUAUGACACUAGCCUUUCGGUCAAGAGAAUAUAAAAUCAGCUUAUCUCUAUUCAUUUGAUAUCAAGUACGACUUCGAGUAUAAGAUGUUUUUUGAUAGAUCGUUUUGUUUCCGUUUGGUGACUUAGCUUUUAUAUUCAGUCUCAAGUAACUGACGACGUAUCGUACCAUACUUGGAUGAAGUGAACACCUAUUCUCCAAGCAAAAGUCAGUGUGACGAUAAUCUGACAUAAUCGAGUCUUGACUCGCAGAUCAAGAAACAUGUAUUUCAUUAGUGUGCUAUUAGAAAUCUUUAUAGUUGAUACCAUCGAACAAGGUUUUAUUCAACCUCACUUUACAAUUGCUCUAAUUUAAGGAACAAUGUCAACGUCGACAGUUCAAACCAGCCCUCUUGCCACCUCAAUCUCAAUUUCUGAAGGUACAUUCGACAGCUUUUCUCCAUUAUUCUCUACAGGUGUCGUAUGCGUUCAUGGCAAUUUUCAGAUUCUUCAUGGUGCAUUAUCUGUAUCCUAUAAGUUUGAGCUGAAACGAACUUCUAGUUUGUCUGUUAUUCGAAUUUCAGUUUUAUGUUAAACCAGCGCCGUUUUUUUGAGUUUGUGAUCUGCGCCGCUAAAUAUUUUGAAAAAGGUUUUUCGGCCUGGUCUGUGAUCGAAUUAUCGAAAAGAAAGCAGAUGUGAAGAAUGCUGAAAGUGAUAGGAGGUAGUCCGGUUAGAAACAGUCCUAAGAAACAGUUUUUUAGGCUAGUAUUUCUAACCGUUGUUUUUGUAAGAGAUUGUUGUGGGUACGAAUUUGUAGGUGACGAAAAAAUAUUCGGAAUUGAAAUAGUCGUAUGCAAGUUUGUAGAUGGUUUAGUAAUAGUAAUAUUCAAGGUCUGUCGAAAUUUCAAGAUAGUAACUUGUCCAAUAUAAGAAGACUCGCUUUCGCAUGGUAUAUACUUCCAACUUUUUCCUGUUUCUUUAAGGGACGACGACGCAGCCGAUACUCCCAACAACAUUCUCAUCCGGUGGAAAAGUUGCUCGAUCCCUGGAUGUUUCUCCGCUAGACAGCAAUGUACCACAUAUAUUACUUGUUACAGAAAGCAUAAUAAACACCCAGUUUCCAUGUAAUAUACGACUCCUUGAUAUUGGCAGAAGUUUAUGUUCACAAGGGUAUAAAGUAAGCAUAUCCGAUACGGAGUCAAAUAUUUCAGUGUCGUUUAAACAACAACAUAAUUUAUCCAAUAUAAGUAUAAUAAAUCAUCAAGACAUUCCUUCAAUAUUACAAAUGAGACGCAAAGAUAGUCUAGAACCAGAAAUAACAGUGGUAAUGGAAUAUUUAUGGUUCUGGUCUUAUUUAAGUGUACCGGAAAAACUUUCAAGUUCGAUACGUAGUUUGUCACCGAAAACAAAAAUUGUUAUAUUAACAGAUGAUUUACAUUAUAUUAGACAAAAAUUAAUCAAUAAUGAAAUGUAUGAUCAUCUAACACAAGCAAUAUAUUCAGAUGCCAAAGACUACGAAUAUGCAAUUCAGAAACGUGAAUUAAGUGUAUAUGCCAAUGCUGAUCAUGUUAUAGGUGUAACGGAAUAUGAUACUGGUGUACUUUCUAGCAUGUUGGUUCCGCUGAAUGUGCCUGUUAGUUUAGUUCGUUUUAGGCAUAAUUUGACAAAGGAAACAUUGUCUAGUUUUAACAGUUUGCCAACAUAUUCAAAUCGAAAAGGAAUCUGUUUUCUUGGAAACGGAAAUAAUCCAACAAAUCAAAUUGCGUUAAAUUUCUUUUUCAAACAAGUUUACCCACUUGUUUUUCGACAAACGACACCGACCAUGAGUAUGAUGAACAUAACAUUUCAUUUGGUUGGUACGGUACCUCAAGAUCGAUAUGCUUCGUUUAUGGAACAGAUGACAGCAGAUGAGAAAAAAACAAUUGAUAUCAUUCCAUUUCUGAACCAAAACGAUCUCGUUAAGUUACUUCAACGUUGUCGAGUCAUGAUUGCACCAAUCCGCGCAACCACAGGCGUCAAUACAAAAAUUAUUUAUGGCCUUAUGGCUGGAAUUCCAGUUGUUACAACGAACAUUGGUGCACGCGGAAUAGAUAUUGAUGAGAAACCAGCUUCGUUAGCAAUUGCACCCGAAGAUACUGCGCAAAGCUAUGCUGACACAUUGAUACGUACUUAUAGCGAUGCUCAAUAUUGGACAAAUUUGCUGCAAAACAGUUUAAGAGCUGCAUCAAUUUUCGAAAAUACAAGAAAUUUCGAAAAAGAUUUAAAUCAUGUUCUACAACAAUUGUCCAUAUAG